AAUCAAGAUUUCAAGGUAUUGCAAAUGCAGAAAUAAGAAAAAACGGUAUAAAUAAAACGCAAGUUCCGGUUUGAAUAUUCACUUCAAGCAAACAGAUAUACAAGCACAAAAGAGCGCCACUUUAAAAUCAAUCAGUUGAUUGUUGCCGCUCAAGCCAAGUGGUUCGUUUGUCAAGCACAACGGAGAGCAACGAGAAAAACAACGGUCGGAUUGCUUUGUUACUGUGUGUGUUUCCGCCCGCUUCACCCCAGCAAAAAAAAUAAAAAUUGUAAAUAAACACACUCACGCACAUGUGUUGCGACACCGGUAAGACAACAACAACCAUGUACAUGUUGCCAUAAAAAUAUCGAGACGAAGAGAAAGAUAUGAAUGAAAAAUGUCUGCAGCUCCACAACAUCGUCAGACAAUUCAUUCCAUACACAAUAAAAAGUUUUGGACCGAAUUCUUUUGUCUGUAUGAAAGUCAACCAUCUCUUUGGGAUGUUAACAGUCCACUAUAUAAAAAUCGUCAGAUAAAAUGCAGUUCCUAUGACAUUAUGGUGAAAAAAUUAAAGGAAAUAGAACCUGAUGCAGAUCGCGAAGAUGUUUUACGUAAAAUUAACAUUUUUCGUACCAAUUAUCGACGGGAGUGUUCCCGCAUAACUAGUAGUUUGCUUGAAGGCAGGCCCUAUAAGUCAACUCUAUGGUACUUUGAUCUAUUGAGCUUCUUGCAGACAGCCGAAACACGUAAAGAGAGAAAACGAAAAUUGAUGGAAGACGAUGGAGAGAAAAGUAUUAUGAGAAAACGUCGAUAUCCUUUGAAUAUCUUAAAAACCACUGAUAAAUUUGUUACAAAUAGAAGAAAGGAAAGUUUAAUUGAGUUCCAUCUUCAAGCGAACGAUGCUGAUUACUAUGAUAAAUAUCAGGAAUCCGACUUUGCUUAUGUUGUCGAAGAUUUUUCUCAAGAUCUGGUGGAGACAAAAAGUGAAAGCAAUGAAAUGUCCGACACACUUCACAUACAGGAUGAUGAAUAUCAGCAAGAGGACGAAGAAGUCAAUUCACAAACGGAGUAUAACUCCGAAUAUCCCCGAUAUGCCUUACAUAAGAAUAAUGCAGCAUCAUCAGCAAAUAGUCAAACCUCCAUACAAGAUAUUGCAUUAUCGAAUGCUGUGGUCGUGGGUUCAGAUGAUGCCGAAAAUGGUGAUACAAUCAUAAUGACAGAUGACGAUCUCCAAUGUCAAAAUGUUUAUGAGGAAUAUGAUUCGGAAACUGGUCACGACGGAGUUAGAUGCUUGAGUUCAGAAACACAAUGGAGCUUAAAAGCACAAAUGGCGCCACAUCUCGCAUUGCCAACAACAUCCAAACAGUCGUUACAAAUCGUUACACCUGAACCCGUUGUGUCUACUUCUUCCAAUUGUAAUGACAUAAUGACGGCUAAAUUUGUGCGAGAUGUCAAAACUAUGACAUCAGGAAACUUGACUUCCAGCACUCAAUGGAACAAAGUAUCGGAAUCGUCGGAAAUUAUUGCCAAAUCGUGGGCAGUCCAAUAUGAUGAACUGUCACAGGAGCAAAAGGUUUUGGCUCGUAAAGCCAUAAAUGACAUAUUGUUUGAGGGUUAUUUGGGAAAUUUGGCAAUUGGUCCAAAUGGUAUUGUGCGGUCUAGUAGCGCUGGUCAAAACAAAAUUAUUCCAUCUACCCAAUACUCAAUUAAUGAAGUAGAAAGUGGUGAAAUUUAUGAACAAGCCACCUCAACGUCGCCAGCAAUAGCUUUGGUGCAAGAUAAUACCUCAACAAAUGAUCAUUGGCUAAAAUUAUGAUAGUGCGAUAGCAAAAAUUUUUAUAAGAAUGUACGAAAUAAAAAAAAAACUGAAGAAAAACGAGAAAUUUUCAAAACAA